AUGAGGAACAGGACAGAGGUGACAGAGUUCCUGCUGCUGGGACUGACCUCUGACCCCCACCUGCAGCUUCCCCUCUUCAUCACCUUCCUCCUCAUCUACACCAUCACUGUGGCUGGGAACCUGGGGAUGAUCCUGCUCAUCCUCCUGGACUCCCGUCUGCACAGCCCUAUGUACUUUUUCCUGGGAAACCUGUCCCUGGUGGAUUUCCUCUACUCUUCAUCUGUCAUUCCCACCAUUUGGGCCAGCUUUAUUUUCAUGGAGGAAGUAAUCUCCUACAAUGCUUGUGCUGCUCAGAUGUUCUUUGUCACAGGCUUCGCUACUGUGGAAAAUUACCUCCUAGCCUCCAUGGCCUAUGAUCGGUACGCAGCAGUGUGUAAGCCCCUGCGCUAUACCAGCACUGUUACAGCAGGCGUGUGUGCAGGGCUGGCUGUGGGCUGCUACACCUGUGGCUUCCUGAGCGCUUCCAUCUACACUGGGAACACGUUCAGUCUCUCCUUCUGUGGCUCCAAUGUGGUCCACCAUUUUUUCUGUGAUAUUCCAGCAGUCAUGGCUCUCUCUUGCUCUAACAGGCAUGCUAAUGAUCUGGUCCUUUUAUUUGUAGCAGCCUUCAACAUCUUUUCUGCUCUUGUUGUUAUCUUAACAUCCUAUGGACUGAUUUUUACCUCUAUCUUGAAGAUGCGCUCAGGUGGUGGACAUCGCAAAGCUCUGUCCACUUGCACCUCCCACUUCACUGCCGUCUCCAUCUUCUACGGCACUGUCAUCUUCAUGUACCUGCAGCCCAGCUCCAGUCACUCCAUGGACACGGACAAAAUCGCCUCUGUGUUCUACACCAUGGUCAUCCCCAUGUUAAAUCCUAUGGUCUACAGCUUGAGGAACAAAGAUGUCAAGAGUGCAUUCACAAAAAUUGUUUUGGAGGCAAAAUAA